AAAUCUUGCUCCCUUACUCCACCACCAACCAACAAGUAAGAACAAGCUUGCAUAGCUAACAAUUAGUUAUAUUUUGAGCUAGCAAAUACUACAAGUAACUAUCACUUCACAAAAACCAUAACCUUUUCAACUCAUUUAGCAAAGUUAUAAGAAAUUAAGUUACUAAAAAUGAGUUAUGUAAAGGCAUGCACCCUUUUGAAUUUGAUGACAAUUGUUAUGAUCUGUUUGGCAAUUUUAAUGAGUGAAAGUGAAAGUAAGGUGGAGGCAAGCAGGGUAUUAAGGAAUUCUCAAGAGUUUGUAUAUUCAAAAGCUAAUCACAUCGAAACACAUACCUCAUCAGCUUAUGAUCAUGCCAAGAACACAAUGUCCUUUUGGCUGCAGCGUUUGCCUUCUGGACCAAGUCCUAAAGGUCCUGGUCAUUGAUAUAUAUCCAUUAUUAAUAUAGCUAGAUUACUCAAUUAUUUUAUCUCUUUCUCCCUUUCUUUGAUUUUCUUUAGGCUUGAUACAUAGAUAUAGAUACCAAUAUAUAUAUAAUCAGUGGAUCUAUGUAUUUGAAAUAUAAUAUUCUUUCAUUUAUAUACAUUUUGUUUCAUAAGUCUUAUAAAUUGUAAAACUAUAUCAAUUUACUUCCACGUAUUGCCAAUA